AUGGAAGUGGUGUUGGACGAUGUCAACGGAAUGAAGGAGCUGAUGGUUGAGUUGGAGCCUCACUGUGUGCUGCUGGCCUCCAAAGAGAACUCUGCCCCCGUGAAGCUCGGAGGCUUCGGAGUCGCCAUCCAGCUCGGAGAGUCCGGCCUCGUCGCUGGAGGCCGGGUGGGGACCCCUCACUUUAUGGCCCCUGAGGUGGUGAAGCGGGAGCCGUAUGGGAAGCCUGUGGACGUGUGGGGCUGCGGGGUCAUUCUCUUUAUCCUGCUGUCGGGCUGUCUGCCUUUCUACGGAACCAAGGAGCGACUGUUCGAGGCCAUCAUCAAAGGGAAAUACAAGAUGAAUCCUCGGCAGUGGGCUCACAUCUCGGAAAGCGCCAAAGACCUGGUCCGACGGAUGCUCAUGUUGGACCCAGCCGAGAGGAUCACCGUCUACGAAGCCCUCAACCACCCCUGGCUCAAGGAGAGGGACAGGUACGCCUACAAGAUCCACAUGCCCGAGAGCGUGGAACAGCUGAGAAAAUUCAACGCCAGGAGGAAGUUAAAGGGCGCAGUGUUGGCCGCUGUGUCGAGCCACAAGUUUAACUCCUAUUACGGGGAUCCUCCAGAGGAACUGCACGAUUUCACCGAUGAUCCAGCUUCUUCAGGACUUUUAGCUGCAGAAAGGGCAGUGUCUCAGGUGCUGGACAGCCUGGAGGAGAUCCACGCACUGACGGACUGCAGUGAGAAGGACAUGGACUUUCUACACAGCGUCUUCCAAGACCAACACCUGCACACACUACUAGAUCUUUAUGACAAAAUCAACUCCCGGUCGUCGCCUCAGAUCAGAAAUCCUCCGAGUGAUGGAGUCCAGAGGGCCAAAGAGGUGUUGGAGACCAUUUCUUGUUACCCUGAAAACAUGGAGGCCAAAGAGCUGCGACGAAUCCUUACCCAGCCUCACUUCAUGGCGCUCCUGCAGACCCAUGACGUGGUGGCCCAUGAGGUGUACAGUGACGAGGCUCUGCGGGUCACUCCUCCCCCCUCCUCCCCCUUCCUUAACGGAGACUCCCCUGACUCCACCACCGCAGACAUGGACCUAGAGAACGUGACCCGAGUGAGACUGGUGCAGUUCCAGAAGAACACAGACGAGCCCAUGGGUAUUACUCUGAAAAUGAACGAGCUGAACCACUGCAUCGUGGCCCGCAUCAUGCACGGAGGAAUGAUCCACCGACAGGGAACUCUUCACGUGGGCGACGAGAUCAGAGAGAUCAAUGGCAUCAGCGUAGCCAAUCAGACGGUAGAACAGCUGCAGAAGAUGCUGAGGGAGAUGAGAGGCAGCAUCACCUUUAAGAUCGUCCCCAGUUACCGCUCACAGUCUAUGUCCAUCGACAAAGAGUCUCCAGACGUUUCGCGGCAGUCUCCGGCAAACGGCCACGCCAGCGUCACCAGCUCCAUCCUGGAUAUUCCCUCCACAAUCCAACCUAAAGGCCGUACGAUCACCAGAACGCCUGUCAAAGAGCAAAAAUUAACUAUUAAGAUCUACGUGCGCGCCCAGUUUGAGUACGACCCUUCUAAAGACGAGCUGAUCCCGUGCAAAGAGGCGGGUGUGCGGUUCCGCGUGGGCGACAUCAUCCAAAUCAUCUCCAAAGACGACCACAACUGGUGGCAGGGCAAACUGGAGAACACCAAGAACGGCACCGCGGGGCUCAUUCCGUCCCCAGAACUGCAGGAAUGGCGCGUGGCUUGUAUCGCCAUGGAGAAGACCAAGCAGGAGCAGCAGGCCAGCUGCACGUGGUUUGGCAAAAAGAAGAAACAGUAUAAAGACAAGUAUCUGGCAAAGCACAACGCAGUGUUUGAUCAACUAGACCUGGUCACUUAUGAGGAGGUGAUCCGAGUGCCGUCGUUUCAGAGGAAAACCCUGGUUCUACUCGGAGCUCAUGGCGUCGGCAGAAGGCACAUCAAGAACACACUGAUCGCCAAACAUCCGGACCGCUUUGCCUACCCCAUCCCCCACACCACCCGGCCUCCGAAGAAGGACGAGGAGAACGGGAAGAACUACUUCUUUGUGUCGCACGACCAGAUGAUGCAGGACAUCAGCAACAACGACUACCUGGAGUACGGCAGCCACGAGGACGCCAUGUACGGCACGCGGCUCGAGACCAUCCGGCAAAUACACGGGCAGAACAUGAUCGCUAUACUGGACGUGGAGCCACAGGCUCUAAAGAUCCUGAGGACGGCAGAGUUCGCUCCUUUCGUCGUUUUCAUCGCCGCUCCAACGAUCACCCCAGGACUGACCGAGGACGACUCCCUCCAGCGGCUGCAGAAAGAGUCAGAGCUGCUUCAGAAAACCUACGCUCACUAUUUCGACGAGACGAUCAUCAACAACGAGAUCGACGACACAAUCCGCCUCCUGGAAGAGGCCGUGCACCUGGUCUCCACUACCCCCCAGUGGGUGCCUGUGUCCUGGGUAUAUUGA